AUGAAUAACACUAAAUAUCAAGAAUUCUUACAAAAGAAAAAAAAUCUAAUCAAAGAAAAUGAAGCACUAAUCAAGGAACAUGCUAAUUUAGAAACAGUAAUCGAAGCCCAAAGACGAAGAAAUGAGAUUGAAACUCGACAAAAAGAUAUUGCUGAUGAGUUAUUAAAAAUUCAUGUCGAAUUCCUGCAAAAUGAUGAAGAUGCAAUAGAAGAGGAACUAAAAGAGGAUAAUAAACUUAGUGAUGAAAUAUUAGCCCAAAGAAUUGGACUUAGUAAAGAUGAAACUCUGCAAAUCUUAUUCUGUUGA